GUUGCUUCUCGCUGGCGCCAGCUCACCUCACUCACCCGGCCGGCGGCGAGACCCACCCUCUCUGGACUCCGGCGCCGGGUGAUUGAGCCGAUCCCCUCCCAUAGCUGUCUCGCGGGUAGAGGCCGGCAUGGACGAGAACGACCACCGAUCAAAACUGCGCGCGGCGGCGGCGCCCGGAGCACGCGUCCCCGACGACGCGCUCGUCGAGAUGUUCGAGCUCCUCCCUGCCAAGCACCUCCACCGGUGCAAGUGCGUCUCCAAGGCCUGGUGCGGCCUGGUCACGGACCCGCUCCACCGCGAGCGGUACGCGCAGACCCUGGCGGGGUUCCUGCACGCCGACAUCGAUGUCGACACCGCCGCCGAGGGAGAGAUCGGCGGCGGUGUCUUUGAGAGCUGCCGCGAGGGCGACGGCGACGGCGACGGCGGCGCCGAGAGCUCGCUCGGCGCGUGCUGGCACGUCAUGCUGUCGAAGCGGAGAAUCACCCGGCGGUUCAUCAACGUCUCCAGGAUGGCCGAGCCGCUCAUCGACGCCUCCUUCUCCUUCCUCCCGCCGCCCCCUAAGCCAUCCACCGUCGCCGGCGCGGGAUUCCGCGACGUGAUCCUUGACGCCCGCGACGGGCUCGUCCUCCUGGCCCGCGUCCGGAGGCACGAGGCCCCGGAUCUCCACCCGCCGGAGUGCUACCUGGUCUGCAACCCGGCCACCGCGCGGUGGGCGUCCGUGCCGGCCUCCGGCUGGGCCCCCAGCGCCUCCCAGCAGAUGACGCGCACCUUCCUGCUCUUCGACGCCGCCGCGUCCCCGCACGCGUUCCACCUGGUCCAGUUCUGGCUGGACGAGAUGGACGCCGUGCGCGCGGUGCACACCUACUCGUCGGCGGGAGGGGCGUGGACCAACAGGGUGAUCCCGUGGCUUGACGGCGGGUGGCGGAACUGGGGCCGCGCCAUGGCGCUCAUCCAGCCGGGCACCGGCGCCGCCGUCGCGGACGGCCUGCUGCACCUGGUCGUCGACACCGACGGCACCACCGGCCCGAACAACCUCGUCGCCGUGGACGAGGAGGGCAGCACUCGCCGGAACAUCCCGCUGCCGCGGCGGGAGGUGGCGGAGAAAGACUGGCACUCGGUGUUCGUCGCCCGGUCGCAGGGGCGCCUGCACUACGUCAUGUGCGUCCGCCCGCCGCACGGCCGCCUGUCGGAGGAGCACCCGCUGAAGCUGCUGGUCUGGGUGCUCGAGGACCGCGACGCCGGCGAGUGGGUGCUGAAGCACACCGUGAGCUUCCCGGAGCUGUUCGGGAGGAUCGCGUGCCAGUUCCGCGUCGAGUACAGCGUGGUCGCCGUUCAUCCCGACGGCAACUGGGUUUUCUUCGUCCGGCAUUGGGACCGGAAGCUGGUCGCGUACGACAUGGAUCGUCGGGAGGUGCUUGUUGUCGCCGACCUUGGUGCCGGAGGUGAACUCGGCGAUGAGCUUCCUACUCCGUAUGUCCCUCUUUACUCGGAGUCAUCCGCGCUCACCAAUAUGCAAUGAAAGUGUUGGCUGUGGAUCACUCGUUGGGAUGUUAAUUAGACCAGAAUUUGAGCAGAUAGGAAACAGGAUAGAUCUGCUAGAAUUAGGUCAUGCUAUGUUUUUCAUAUAUGUAGUUGCCUAAAUUAUGAAGUUACGAAAAAUUGACAAUGUGCUUCAUUCCACGGUGCCCGUUUUUCCAAUCAUGAAGCAUGGCUAAGUGAUCCUACUCACAUUGGACCAAGGCCUCAUAUGAUGUGUAACAAGUUGCAAUAAGGCUAUAUGUUUCUUUUCCUUUUUUUUGAACAGAAAGUAAGGCUAUAUGUUUCAAUUGGCCCCUUUCGUGGUCUCGCAAAAAACAAAAAC